AUGGGACGUGCAGGGCGCGACUUCUUAGGGGCCGUCCUGACCAGACAGCACGCUAUCGAAAUUGCCGUCGUCGUCCUUUUCUUGGCGGCAUACAGCGUCCAGCCGCUACUUGUAGAUGUCAUCAAGUUCAAUGGAGGCGCACACCCUAGCACAUUCGCCAUUCUCAUCCCGCACUACUACUCGAUGGUCCUCGUGGGUGCACUGCCCACGAAACAGAAACUCGCAGAAUGCAACUGGCGACGGGGGAUAGUCCUCUCAAGUUUGGACAUGAUCAACCAAUUGUUGAAAAAAGCUGGCUUGUUGUAUGCGGGGGCCGCGGUGUACAUCAUCGUUGACAGCUCGUCAAUAGUUUGGACGGCGAUUUGGUCCUUGGUGCUUCUUCGGCGAAAACUGAAAGUUUGCCAUUGGAUCGGAAUCGCGCUCAUUACACUAGGGAUAUCGUUGAAGGCCUGUCAGCUGAACUUCACUUUCCGCGACGAAGAGUUUUUGGGCGUGACCCUCAUUCUGCUUGCCGCGAUCUUGAUGGGUCUGACCUUUGUUCUCAAUGAGAAGUUCAUGCAAGGUGCCGAUAGAAUUGAAGGCCCGAACCUCGUCUGCAUGAUGGGGGUGUGCAGCGCUGUACCGAUAACGCUUUGGACCCUCUUUUGGACAGUUCCGCGAUUUGGUGAGCUCGUCGUGGACCCGAUUCGCGAGAGAGAUGGCUCCUUCAAGGUUGUUGGCUACUGCUUCUUUUGGCUGUUCGUCUCGUGCUGGAUGCAUUCCGGCACUCUGUGGUUUCUUAUGACCCACUUUGGGGCUGUCUCGACUGGUAUUCUUAAGUGCGUCGUCGGCGUCACGGUCUACUCCCUUGCGAAGGUCUCGUGGACCGGGAAGUCUAAGGAUAAGCCAAGUUCUGAGGAGUCUUCUGAGGCCGCUCAGUCGUCAAUUGAAGAUGGAGAGGCAAAGGCCAAGAACGAGCGGCAAUAA